UUUGUUGCCGCUUGUCAAAAGUGUUUAUAUUUUAUUUCGUUUUGCACGCUUUUAUAAUUUCAACACAACUACUACGCAGCAAAUAAUCAUCGAAGACGCUACACCAAAAAAAUCAAGCUCAACUCGGACCUUCGCGAUACAGAAAUCAGCAAUCAAAUCUGAGAAGUGAAGAAGUGGAGACGAACGGAAAAAUUGGCUAUCAGCAGCAAUAGCAGUACAGCGGACGGCAGACAAUAUGUCAAAGAAUUAUAUUUCAAAGGAAGAGGCUAUCAAUCAGUUGUAUGCCACAAUCAAGACGAAAUUCGAACAAGACGGUGUGUUACAGGAAGUGCGUUGCAUGUUGCAAACCAAAAUGGUAGCCAUGAUGAAAGGUAAGAAUGAUGGUCAAACGACAUUACUGGGGCGUAAACUACCCGACUUAAGUAAGCUGAGCGCCAGCAGUAGUUUACCAACGUCUAGCGAGAUAGAUGAUACGGAACAACGACAAGAUCCACGUUUAAAGAUGAUGCAACAGCUGAUCAUGGAGUACUUUCAUUGGCAUGGCUUUCACUACACAGCCGAAAUGUUCGCACAGGAAAGUGGCACGGAGAAUGUGCGACCGUCGCGUCAGCAACUUGAACGUGCGGUCGGGCCGUUUGAGCAUAAAAGUCUUCCCAUACUACUGGAGUUGGUGGCCGAACUUAUGGAGAAAAAUCAGCCUUAGAGACAGCGAGAGAGAGAGAGACAGUUGUGGUAUAGCGAAAGAGUUUGUAUGGAAAGUUGGAAACAGGAAGGAGAUUUUUGCAUUAAGAGACCAUUUCUUAGCUUCAGUGCAGCUUAAUAGCUUCACACGUAUACAUAUGUAAAUCUACAUAAUUACUAA